AAUACAUGUUAGACCAACCCCUUCUCUUUUCUUCCCUUUCGGUUGGUUCAUUUACUGCUAAAACCCCUCCGUAGAAACUCACUACCACUGCCACCACACACCAUAGAUCUCAAACUUAGGGCUUUCAACCUUCUCUAACCUCCGAUUUCUAGAGAGAGAAAAUAUAGGAUUUCUAGAGAGAUAAGAUGAAGAUUCAGUGCAACGUUUGCGAGGCAGCGGAGGCCAACGUUCUGUGCUGUGCCGACGAGGCGGCUCUGUGUUGGGCAUGCGAUGAGAAAGUUCAUGCCGCCAACAAGCUCGCGAGCAAGCACCAGAGAGUUCCUCUAUCUGGCUCUUCCUCACACAUGCCUAAAUGUGAUAUUUGUCAGGAAACAGUUGGCUAUUUCUUUUGUCUGGAGGAUCGAGCUUUACUCUGCAGGAAAUGUGAUGUCGCCAUACACACAGCAAACACCUAUGUUUCUGCUCACCGGAGGUUUCUGCUUACUGGAGUGAAAGUAGGGCUUGAAUCAACUGAACCUGUUAUAUCCUCUUUGGGGAAGUCACACACUGGUGAAAAAAUCUUAGAAAAAGAAUCCCGUUCUCUAUCUAAAAGAGGUAGCACAAUGUCAUUGGAUGGUCAAUACAACAGAGUAUUACCCAUACAAGCUGGUGGAGCUGGGGAUUUUGCACCAUCGAAGCUGCCAUUUGCCGGAGAUUCUUCAGGUGGAAGUAUUCAAUCGUGGCAGUUAGAUGAAUUUCUUGGGAUAACAGAAUUUAAUAAGAAUUAUAGCUACAUUGAUAAUGAAUCAUCCAAGGCUGAUACCGGUAAGCUUGGAGACUCUGACAGCUCCACAAUUUUAAUAGCUGCUGGGGAAGAACUGGAUGGUGAUGAAUACCUGGGUCUGGUGCCAGAAGCAUCCUGGAAUGUACCACAGCUCCCAUCCCCACCUACAGACUCGGGGCUUUUCUGGCCAAAAAUUUAUAACAGUUCAUCUGACACUGCAAUCUUUGUGCCUGACAUAUGCCCCUCGCCCAUGCAGAAUCCUCACUGUCAUCAACCCGAUGGCACCAACUUGGAACGGCAAAAGCGAAGGCAAAGGCAAUUUCUAAUCAAUUCUCCCUAAGCUCCUUUCUCUACUGGGCACCUUAUAGAUGGUGUUUGCUAGUUACAGUCUUCGUGGUAUUUCUUAGCAUCAGCGUCCAAGUCGUUUGAGCUAUUUCUUAUGUUGUACUGUUUCAUCUAUCGGUAAUUCUCUCUCAUACCAUUGAUAAUUUAAGGUUGUGUGAAUUAGCACAAGUAUAUCAGUUUGUAGUUGAGUUGCUUAUAAGUUGGAUAUGGAUUAGUGUUAGAUAGAGAAGAGCAUAGAUAAAAAUAUUCACGGACAAAUUUGUUUUCUAUGUGUAAAGACAAACCAAAGUUCAUAAAUAUAUUAAGUUAGAAUAUCUUUAACCGA